CACCUUUAAUUUCCAUGUUGAAAAUAAUCAAGUGGUUGUGGAUAGAGGAGAACCUUCUGAAUUUAUAAUUCAAGAAGGAGGUGAACUUACUGCUGAUGGUAAAUAUAUUGUUAUUGACGAACAAGGUAAGCUUAUGACUACUGAUGAUAUCAACAAAGCUACUAGAAUUUGGUCAAUUAUCGAUGGUAAGCUUGAUUUGACAAGACCUACCAAACGUGCACUUGUUGAAUUUAUUAUCUGCAAUGAUGGUAGUGUCUAUAUUGGUGGUUCAGACGUCCAGUGUGAAAUAUAUCCCGUCCAAGCUGAAAAUGUGGAAGAAUCUUCUAGUUCCAGUGAAUCAGGAACCACUGUUGUACAAAGUACUGACGAACCACAACCUACUGUUGCUCCAGGUACAGAAGAACCCCAAACCACUGUUGCUCCAGGUACAGAAGAACCACAACCCGCUGACUCGAGUGCAACUCACUCUGGUACUGACACUGAAGAUGGCGAAGUCACUGAAUAUACAACCAUCACUACCGAUAUCACCAUUACCAUCACUGAUUGUGACGAAUCAGAUAGCUGUUCAACCACUGAAUCUGUCAAGAAAACUACUAUUGAAACUUACUAUCCUAUUACUGUUGCCGAUAAUGUUCACACCAUCACUCUUACUAGUUGUGUUGAAGAAAUUUGUAUUGAAGUUACCAAGGUUAUUGGUCAUCAUCAUCAUUAUCAUGAUACUGUUUCACAUUUAGUGGCAAACCCUACUAAUGCAGUGCCAGUACCAUAUGUUGCUAACAGUGGUAAUAGUGCCUAUGUCAAGAAUUUAUUUGCUGUUGUUGCUAUGAUUGUGCCAAUGUUAAUCUAAUCUGUGUAAUUGUUUUGCUUAUUAUUAUUAUUUUUUUAAUUGUUUAGUCUUUG